AGUUCUAGGUGGUUCUGGUGUUAAACUGGAAUUUAGAGAUGGAUAUUAGCAAAUAAGUAACUGUUAUAUACACUUACAGAUUUGUUACUAUCCAUCUCUAAAUUCACGCGAUAUAACCGAACUUCGAUUUUCGUUCAAGGACGACUUACCCAAGUCCGACAGCUGAAUUUUGUUUAUAAUUACGGGCCGUUGGCACACCUUUUUACGAUUCGGGUUGGUUGCGAAUUUGUCCUUGAGUGAAAGACAGGCGACAGACGAAGAAGAAAAAUAUUUUAAAUGAGAAGUAUCAAAAAUCAAAACAAAAACAAAAAAAUCUAUUGAAAUUGAAAAUAAUGUUGCCGUUGCCAAGUCCUGUUGUAAGGAGGAAGUAUAAUAAUUGUAGUGUACCAACAUGCGAGAAGCAUUAUCCGCCUCUUCAAGAUAAACGUUUUUAUCGACUUCCCAAAGAUCCCAAAAGAAGACAGCAGUGGGUUGAAAUUCUAGGAAUUUCUUCUGAAUUAUCAAAAUCGCGACUUGGAUUGAGCGUGUGUGGAGACCAUUUUGGCGACGAAGCCUUUACAGAUACUUUACGAUUGAGACUUAAUAGAUAUGCAAAGCCUUUGGUACCGCACUCAUUGGUCAGUAAUAUUGUAGAAGUUGCCACCUCCGAACAAUCUGUUCCAAAUGAAUUAAGUAAAACUCGCGUUGAAGAAAGUGUGCAUACAGGUCCAACAUCUGAGAAAAUACAUUAUACUAUUGAUGUCAAUGGUACAGCAAUAUCUCUAUCUCAGAACAAAUCCGAUGCUGAAGUACAGAAAAAAACAAGAGAAGAUAAGAAUAAGAAAGUUAGUCAGAAAAAUGAUGUGUCUGUAUAUAAAUUGCCAAGUGGUCGAAAAGUUAUGUUCUAUCACCUACCAAUUUUGAAGAAUUUAAAAUAAAGUAUUCAG